AGGGCUCCGGGAAAACGUCUGCAACGCGGGGUUCGGAACCGAAACGGAGGCUUUCUUUCGGGGUGUUUGCAGACGAACUCGCGAAAUCGUCUGUUAUCUCAACGGCGGCGGUUCUUCGGAACCGUGGCGUACGUCUAGCGGUUCAUCGAAUGAAGUGAACGGUGUGGAUUUCGAUUUCUUUUUUUUUUUUUACCCCUUUUUGUUUUUUGGUUUCGCUGUUGAGGUCCGCCCAACGCGUAGUCAAAGUACGUGUAAUCCGCCGCCGACCGGGAACGAAGCCUGAUCACCGGUCGACCUAAAAGGUCAACAACAGAGAGACGCUCGCUUCCCUGGAAGUAGCGACAUCGGCGAAGUGGAGAUUCUGUGACUUUAUUUUAUUUUUUUCCUGGGAGACCUCCGUCAACGUUGACACUGAAAGGCCGCAGGGAUGUCCCGUGCAGUCUCCAAGGGCGCGUGGGCGCCACCCGGCAUUCCCGUCCCCCGGGCCCAGACCCCGCCGAGCCGUCAGUGCGGCCGACCUGUCUGACGGACCCCUGGGCCGGCAUGGGUGCCCACGAAACCGGAAUCCCGUCCCCCUUCAGAACCCUGGCCUCGGGCCGGGCCGUCCGGAGGAGGUGGCGACACCCCGGCCUGGUCUUCCUCUCGGGCUUGCUCCUGCUGGGCUAUAUAAGCUUCCUCCAGCCGUCGGGUCAAUGCCAACCGGACCUGCUACGCCGCUCCGGCAGGGACGGUGCCGAUGGCAGUGGCGAAGACAUUAGGCCGCACGCCCUGUCCUGGACCUCCCGGUCACUGUUGAGCGCAGAAGGCAACACCAGCGGCAACGCCACAGAGAAACGAGCCCAGUUCCCCAAGGACAUCUUCACCGAAGACCAGCGGCGCAAGGGCGCAGUCAUCCUCCACGUCAUGGGCAUGGUCUACAUGUUCGUCGCCCUGGCCAUCGUUUGUGACGAGUUCUUCAUCCCGGCCCUCGACGUCAUCAUCAUCAAGAUGAACAUCUCUGAAGACGUAGCGGGCGCCACCUUCAUGGCUGCCGGCGGCUCGGCCCCAGAGCUCUUCACCAGUGUCAUCGGCGUAUUUAUCUCGUUCGAUGACGUGGGCAUCGGCACCAUCGUCGGCUCGGCGGUGUUCAACAUCCUCUUCGUCAUCUCCAUGUGCGCCAUCUUUUCCAAGUCGGUCCUGCAGCUCACCUGGUGGCCGCUGUUUCGGGACGUGACAUUCUACUCCAUCAUCCUGAUCGUCCUCAUGACCUUCUUCAAAGACAGCAUCAUCCGCUGGUGGGAGGCUCUCAUACUGCUGCUGUGUUACGCAGCGUACGUGACCUUCAUGAAGUUCAACGAGCAGAUAGAAAAGAUGAUCAAAAAGCUCUUCAAUCGCAACAAGGUGACGCGCGUGGGCAGCACGGAUCACCUGAUGCCACAUAUGGCAAGGCGAAGGAUGAGCGCCCCGAUCCUCCACUCCGGAAGCAAGUUCCGACACGGACUGCUCCAACUGCUCAUCCACUCCAUCGACCCGCUCCACGAACACGAGGGAGAGGCCAACGCCAAGCUGGACGAAAAGGCCGGCCAGCUGCACACGAUCGCGUCCCUGCGCGUGCUGCUGGACGCCACCAAGCCCGGCGAAGGCAGCAGCGGCGGCGCGGCGUCCGGGCUGGCCAACGGAGGUCCGCCCCCGGCCCCCCUGGCCCAGGGGGGCUGCCCCCGGGGGGGAACCCAGGACGGGAGCAGCGGCUCCGCCGAGACGCGACUCACCAGCCUCAGCAACAGCGGAGCCCUGAGCGAGUCGUCCAUCACGUCCAACCUGAGCGAGAAGAUAGCGGCCAGCGGCGGCGGGGUGAACAUGUCCGGCGGCGGCGUGGCCAUCCUGCACCCGCGACCUGUCCAGGAGUCCAUCGAUUCGUCGGGCAACCCUGGCGCGACCACGGAAGCCGUCGGGACCGCGCUACCAGACUCCGGUUACAACAGCGCCACGGUGGCACAGGCCAUGAACAACCAGCUGCCCGUGGACAACAUCGACGAACCCAACGAACCACUGAGCGUCGCCUGGCCGGACAACUGGCGCGAACGGGUCAACUACGUCGUGCUGGCGCCCAUCAUCUUCCCACUAUGGCUAACCCUUCCCGACGUCCGGAGGCCCGAAAAAGUAAAGUUCGUGGCAGGCUCGUUUCUGGGCAGCAUCACUUGGAUCGCCAUCUUCUCCUACCUCAUGGUCUGGUGGGCGACAGUCGUCGGCGAAACACUCGGCAUCCCAACAGAGGUCAUGGGUCUCACCUUCCUGGCGGCGGGUACCAGCAUCCCAGAUCUCAUCACUAGUGUCUUGGUCGCCCGCAAGGGCUUGGGCGACAUGGCAGUGUCCAGCUCCGUCGGAAGCAACAUCUUCGACGUGGCUGUAGGGCUUCCUCUGCCCUGGUUCCUGUCUUGCAUGAUCUACGGCCCUGUGAAAGUGAGCAGCACUGGCAUGGCUUGCUCCAUCUUCAUCCUCUUCGUGAUGCUUAUCUUUGUGAUCGUUACAAUCGCCGUCUUCAAGUGGCGCAUGAACGUUGGGCUGGCCAUGGUCAUGUUCUUCCUCUACUUCGUCUUCAUCGCUUGCAGCCUCAUCCUCGAAUACGAAGUAGUUCGCUGUAUGGACAUCAUCAACUUCUUCAAGGGAUGAGCAACGUCAUUUCUGUGCAACCAGUUAAGUCAAGUGAUCAUUGCGUUAGGCCUGGCGUGGAAUUCGUUCAGUCAACGCGCGAACGCCUGCCUCUUGUUUGUUUUCAUGCCGAGGACAGUCGAGACGCAACGUCCCUUUACCGUAGUGCUGUACUUCUGAGGACGUCGAAGCAGGGCAUGUUGCUUUGGCGACUACGCGUCGCUAAAGAACUUCGGAGUUGGGUAGCCGUGCCGUUAACGAACUCCCCUCAAGCGUGAAAUCUGGGAUUGGUACCGCAACAUGUGUACGUAAAUCAUCGUUUAAGGUUGACAUUUGGAAAGUAAGUUUAUCAUCCGGUUCACUCCGUGAUUAUCACUGAUUAGAAAACGGCAACUUGGGAUGAGUGCCGCUUAAAUUUUGAUUCGUUCUGGUUAAGUGCAGGAGAGUGACUGACAAACCCGUUGCACGUUGAUAGUUAAGUUAGUAUUAGGAAAGUAUUGCUUAAUUUUAACAACAAACAUUUCGCGAGGCUUCUUCUUCAAUGUGUGUGCAUAAAGAACUAGAGACGUGGGAAACUUGGUCUUCGUUGACUGCUAAGCAAAAACUAACACCCCCCCCCCCCCCAAAAAAAAAAAAAAAAAAGAAAGAAGAAAUAAAAAGAAAAGGCCAAAUUAAGGUCGUUACAUUUUGCCAGCCCUGUCAAGAUAAGAUAGCUCGCUGUUUUCAUGCUAUACUCUAAAGUCAAGCCUUACGAAAAAUAAAAAUGUCAGUCAACCAACCAUAAGUGGAGAUGACGCAGACUUUAGGAACCGUAAACAAACAGGUUUUGUGAUACACAGAGCAUCAAAAAUCGCCAUGUAUCCGCGACUACUUUAUUAAUCAAUACGCUCUCUUCGCUAAAAUGGCACUCAUCCACGUUCACAACAGGGCUCCGGACGAACUUUAUCAUUAGGAAUUCGUCUGACCACGUCACUGCAUGAAACCAGUCGGCAAGACAGCCUUGUUCCUAGACAAAGAAAUCGGAUACGCCACUCUGGCAGUACCAAGUAACUCUCCAGGUCUAGCGAGGAGCUUUCAGCUUUUGGUGAUAAACACUUCGUUACUUCUAUGACGUGUGUGAAUGAAUAGCAAGUUUUCAAGAGUAUAUGUCUGUCCAUUGUUUUGUCAAGCUAACCUAUAACCUUGUUGUUGUUGUGUUUUUCUUUUCCUAUUUGAGAACUAAGAUUGUUUUUUUAACAAAGCCCCUGAUAAAGCCUUUAACCUCCUCAACACCACAGAAAGACAAGAAUGGGUAUCUGUUAAAAGUUUAUUCGCACGCUAGAAUUAAACGAAAAUGUUAGUGUCCAUUCUGAAAUAAGGUAAAAAACAAACAAUGGUAGUAGAUUACCCCGUAGUAGAAUUGCGUUCUUUAUACUCUUUAACCGUUUUCUUUUGUGCGUUAUGUUAUCAACAGACAUGCAUUUACCAAAAGGCAGGGAACAGUGACUUCGCCCAAGCCGAGAUAAUCAUCCCCACAAUAAAAUUGGGUUUUAAAUUUAUUCAAAUUCAUGAAAGAUUAGGAAAACUAACUGAGGUGAAUCAAAACUUCGAAGAAUGAGACCAUCAUGAAUAGAACACAGUCAAACACAAAUCGAGACACGUUAUCGAAAUCGCGGAUUUCACAGAUGCUCAGACUAAGUUCGAUUGCAGGUGGUUUUAGUACCCAAGCAGGGUUCAACGUACGCAAUAGACGGUGAUCAAACGUAGCGUUUUCGCCACCAAACUCAGUUCGACCAAGUCAAUUCCGACGUUCAGACUACGGCAUGAAUACUAUUAUGUUGUUUCACGUGUAACAUACCCUAACUAUUACAAGUACUACCGUAACCAUUUGCAGCCCCGCAACCCUCUUUCAUCGCCUGCGUUAAAAAUUCGUGUAGCUUGGACGAUGUGCUAAAACAAGCAUUUGAUCUUUUUUUUUUUUUAAAGUAAUGCUGCAGUGUACCAAUGAGCAUACUCUCAUAGAUGUUCACAUUAUAUGAUAUACCCAAACCAAAUGCGGCAAAAUAGUGAUGCAAAUAACGUAACUUUGUUUAACGCCUAACACCUUUGAAAAACCCCAAACUUUAUGGCGUAUGAUUUAAUCCUCUGCAUCUAGGAUCACAACAAACAUACGAAUUUGCCAUGGUAUUUCUCCCCGUGAAAGUAGUUUAUGAAUAUUAAAUUGCAUUCAAAUGAAUGUCGAUAUAUCGAGCGGAAGGUUUACGAAGCAUGGAGCAGCCAUUUUCUCGAGUAAAUGUGUGAAUAUUAUUAUAUCGCAAUAUAUGCAUCUAUCGAAACCAUGUCAAGCAAACGAACACCAUCAGACUUGAAGUAAAGGCUAUUACGGAAAGGACAAAAGAAAACUUAUAUAAACAAGGGACUCCUAAUAGUUUCAUGGUCUUAGUCUGUGUCCAACAAAAACAAACGGCAUUCAAGCCGCAAUUUUUAUUUUCAUGAACUUAUAAGGCCUUAUAAGGAUUAAGCAGAUCGCGUUGUUGUUCUUUGGUUAGCACGACCACCGCCUCUUGUCCUAAUCCCGUUUCUACCACCAUAAAGCUGUUGCGAUGAAAAACAAAAUUCGCCAACGCGCAACAUUCGUUCUUUACAUGUCAGUUAAGCAAACACCAUAUGAGGCUCAGAUGCUUACACUGGCAGACUGUCAUAAUUAUUCCUUCGAAGUUUAUUGUAUCCCCUUCAUCACGGAUAGCACGCCUUCCUUAGGCCGGCUAACACCUCGAUCUAUCCUUAGUGAUUUUUCAUGCCCUCAAACCCCUCGCAAAUAUCGACGAAGAGUUUAGGACUAUCGCUUUACACAGCGAAUCAUCUAUGCACAUUGUUAGUAUGCAAAUCGGUUAGGGAAUAACCCCCUGAACACUUCCGCGCUAUAGGACCGCCAUUUUAGUUUAUACUUUAACGGUACAGGGGAAAAUAAAACGGCAUUCAAGCAAACGUGACGUUAUCUAUUACCACAAGUGACCCCCGAUAUACGGUUCCUGUGAUUCCCGCUAGAUUCACGAACAAGACUGGCAAGGAGUUGUCCAUCUUGGUCAACCCACCGACCACACCGCGGCUCGCCAAAACAUGCGAAACAUAAGAAAAAAAAGAGCCAAGUUGACCCCCGUCACAGCUGCAGCUAUAUCGGAUAUAGCUUUCACGACCCGCGAGAGGCUUUUCCAGACGGAACACAAGGGCGUCGUAUGACCGUCUAUACGACGUCCAUAGAGCCUCGUAACGUCCAAAGAACGUCCGUAAUGGAUUGUACAAUCCGUAAGACAUCUGUGGGACAUCGCAACGUCCAAAGAACGUCCAUAAUGGAUUGUAAAGUCCGUAAGACAUCUGUGGAACAUCGUAACGUCCCCAGUACGUUCGAGCAAUACCACGGAACUUCGCAUACCGUCAUCUCUGCAGGCAACUUCCCAAAUAAGAGCAUGGUUUCAUAGCGUGCGCCUAUGCAUACAAUCACGAACCCCAAUAGGUAACAGUGCGUCACAAAUCUCAAUUACAAACAGCUAUCCUACCCUCGAAUAGAGAAGAUGGCAGACACGUCGCUGUUCUGUCGCUAUAGACCACUCUAAUACUCGCCCUUGCGCGCGUUGUCACCUCCGUCUACUGGGCUGUGGAAUCCGUUGUGAGCAUGCGCAGUAGCUCUCCUCUGCUGGGGUAUAACAAACGUCGCACGUGCGUCUACAGCCCAGCGACCCAGCACUUUUCACUCGGGUGAUGAGCGGUGCAAAAGUCUAUACUCGACGCGUAUCUAAGCAAAACUGACCAAGAGGGAGAUGAAAACCUGUACACAGAAUCUGUGACAAUGUUAUUAGACCAACGUGCGGUCAUACAGCUAUAUAGUACCUUUGCUGCGUCGCGCGUGUUCCCUCAAAACGGGACACUUCACCGCGACUUUGAAGGAAGGCUUCACAGGCCGUCUUUCUUACUCGUAGACAGCAAGGACCAUCCCCGCAGCCGUCGCAUAGAUCUAUCUAUAUACAUAUAUUUUACUAGAACGGUGAAACCGCGCCGCGCUGUUCGUCAACUCCAUAACCCUGUGUAUACACUCGUGUAAUUCCUAUACAUCAUGUCUCGUGCUGCUCAAAUCGCGGGAACGCGACACCCUCGACAGGGUCGCUUGGUCUGAACCGCUUUGAACGAGGACUGUGGGAACAUGAUCCUGAGAUGCGGAACGAGAACUGGCGAGAUUCACGUGAAAUGACGGUGCCUACAGUGAAACCGCGUGGUGAGUGAGACAAAAACGACGAAGCCACAUUAGUUAAGAGUGAUUGUUGUGCGGAAUAUUACAUCAAGUACUCUGGAACUUCUCGCCAAUUACUCAUUACUCAGCUCGCUUCUAUAAGUUGCCUUUUUUUGCACUUGUUGAAUGUUUAGCACGAAUGGUGUAUGAUGUUAUUGGGAAUUUUUUGUUUUCUUUGAAUCGUUGUAAUUGCUUUAUUAUUGUUGAAACGAACGGUAUUUAACGAAUCUGGGUAGGGUUGUUGUCAUCCUAGAAAAGAACACUGUGUCAUGACCGAGGUGUUUUUUACAGAAAUCAAAAUUUACAGAUCGAAACAACGGCGGUGGCAAAUACCCCGGCAAGAUUUCAUAAUCGACACAUCACUAACUCAUUCACCUUUGCAAUGAAAACGAAAAAAAUACAAAAAAAACACAGUGUUGCUCUUACUGAUAAUCUUGAGCAUCUGAUAGUAAGGGAACGCACUGCUGGUGCAUCAUGGGAUCGCCAGUCUGCGUUUCUUUGAGAAAGCGGAGAAAAGUCCGCUGUUCGAGAAAGAAAGUAAUUUAACUUCAGUAGCGAGAUCAUUGUUGUAGUGUCGACUGAAGACCACAGCUACUUUGUUAUGACAAACGACGAGUUUUUGAGAUGAUACGAACGCCAAGUCAGGCCUGCAUUUUGUUAUCCUAGCUCGCUUGUUUUAAAGUUUUCGUGUUUUUUUUUUUUCAACCUGCGCUAAACGAUGUGAUAUUGCUGUUGUCCGUUAACUCUAGCAUCUGAAGCCUCUUGUCUGCGUUGUUAUGUCCCCUUUCCCAUAUAUCGGCUCCUAGAAGAACACCCCAAUUUUUACUUUCCCACGCUGCUAGUACACCCCCAAACAGAAAAUACACCGCAUAGUGCAGUGAACAUAUCAUCGAACAGCAUAACCACCCUAUAGCUACGUACAGCUGUAACGACAAGACACAAGGACGUUCAAUGCCAUUUACUCGUGUAGCUUUUGUGACAAUACAGCGACUGAUACAUCGAAGGACGAAGAGACCGUCGACAAAAAUUUAAAAAAAUGGCAGGCAUCGCAUCUUCCAAUCAUUGUUACCGUACCAUAGCUUUUGGUGUUUGUAAUUAUAGUUGUAAAGAAGAAGAAGAAAAAAAAAAAGACAUCUAACGCGGUCGUCAUAUGCAUGUGCAGUCGUCCGCAGAAGACCCGCGUUAUAUGCAUAGUUGCGGGUGUUAGAAACUCUUCUUUUAGACCACACACUUCCCGUGUCAGCGUAUAUACCUGGACACGUUACCAGCGUCGAAACGUGUUAUUUCGGUGUAUAGUCGAGCGCGCUAAGCUUUCUUCGUGGCGUCCACUACCGACGCUGGUGCCUGAGAACACUUCCCGCCGAUCUUUAUUGACAAUAACCUCCCCAGCUUGUGAAUGUGUUAGUUGAGUGUACCUCCCGUACCACGUGUUGCGACGCCAUCGUUAGCGAGCUCGCGGCCAUGUACUUUCUCUUCUGCAGGGCGAAGACGCUGUUAAGAGAUUUUAAUACACGAAAUCCUACAUUAGUAUAUAUAUAUGUGUGUGUGUGUGUAUAGCGAGUUGAACAUAUGUACAAUGUUAUGGCGUCCAAAACGAGGCAUUAUCUAUGUCACGUUGAGGUCAGUCAAGUCCAUCUUGAGAACAUUUUGUUUUCUUCAAGACCACGUUCUUCCAUGAACUGCCGCAGUCCUUGAUGGGCGCCACUGUCGACGUCGGAGAAACAAUAAAGUUCAACCGAACUAAAUCCAGCAAACGUUACGUUUUUUUUUUAUGAUUUUGUACAGAUACAUGUGACUAUAUAUAUAUAUAUAGAUAUAGAUAUAUAUAUAUCUGCCUCAACCUUUGCGCAAGUUCUCUCGGUGGAAUUCGACAUUAGCGAGGCUUCCUCUUUUUCUUUUUUAUGUGAAGUUUCCACGUCCAUAUGCCUUCACAGUUUCUCUGAUGUUUUCGAAGUUGGACUCGACAAAACGACGAGCAUACCUACAUCAAAAGGGAAUUAUUUGAAUUCGUCUUAGCGCAAUGUGCUUGUAAUCCAAAUAAUAUAAAUUUUAGUCUCUUGAUUUUACCGGCUUGUUUGCUCUUCGAGUAGGUAUUCUGACCUUUCAUUAUUUGCAUCUGAUUUGCACUCUAAAUUCCUAAAAAAAAAAACAUGGUCUUUCCCACUUGUUCUGCUUAGCAAAACAAAGUCGGCUGUGCGACAUACGUGCCGCAGAAGGUACGGCAUCAUCGGCAAGGCCACAACAGCGCUGAUGUAACGUCAGCGCAGGUCAUGGUUACAAAAAACAAAAGUGAUAAAAGGAGUCAAAGCUAUACCGACACAUGUAAUCGGAGAAAACAAAACGCCGGAAAAGGUCAAUUAUACGUGACACACUUCUUCCGCAGCCUAUGCCUUCGUGUCCAGCACGGAAACCUUAUUGAAACGGAGAACUGCAUGGUAGUACACGGGAGUGAAAUCGACAUUGACUCCCCUUGACAGUGGGGGAUCACUUAACUCGCGCGCGUAUGUGUUUCUAUUUUCCUAGGGGGCGUACAUGUACCAUACACUCGUAGCGAUUUACAAGGCCGUCAGGUACAACAACUAUACAUACAAAACACACACACACACACACACUCGUUUUGUGUUCGGCUCUCGUGAUAGAUACCUUCGGCAACGCGACAGACCUAUCAGUUGUCAAAACGUGCUGUAGUCUACCACGUUUGUGGCGACUUAUAGACCUUGAACGUUCGUUUCAACGCUUCUUCCGUUGCAGGUCAUAAAGUAUAUGCGAUAGACGCUUUAGAAACGUUGCCGUGCUGUUGUAGUAUACAUGCGAGAUAUGCAUAAUAUCUGUUAUAUAAAUAUAUAUAUAUAAGAUAAAAAUAAACAUGCAUCUCAACAAAAAAACAUGAAAGAAAAGUGGUGUACAUAGGUUGCAACCCGUCGCAGUGUUGUGACUUCAAGCGGGAAGGAAACACAAAACAGCAACGACUGAGAGUGAGAGUUUUUUGUUAGUUUUUUGGAGGGGAGGGUGGUCAUGUGACGAGAAGCGCGGGAAAGAUACCAAACAAGGGAUGCGUAGAAGCGAUGGCCCAUUACGACGAUGUAGAAAAUGUGUAUAGUAGUAAUUACUAAGAAUACAAAUGUAAAGCGAGAGUACGGAUAAGAGCUACUGUGAAGCGAUGUACCUCUGUGUACUUGAACACUGAAAUAAAGUGACAGCGGAAUUAA